GACAGCGAUAGUUGUGGUUUUAGUGUAUACUGCGAUAUGACUACAGACGGCGGAGGCUGGACAAUAUUCCAGAAUAGAAUAAAUGGAAACGUAGACUUUUAUAGAAAUUGGGAGGAGUUUGAAUUAGGAUUUGGUGACAUUGAGACUGAAUUCUGGCUAGGAAAUGCAAAACUGCAUCAACUUACAUCCAGCAAGGCAUACACCCUUAGGGUUGUUUUAGAAGAUUUUGAUAACGAGACUCGUUAUGCAGAAUAUCAAUCCUUUGCCAUAGGGAAUGCGCCAUCUAAAUAUGCAUUAACUGUCAGUGGUUAUAGUGGCGACGCAGGAGACAGUCUUUCUUACUCAAAUGGUAUGAAAUUUACAACUUCUGAUCAGAAAAACAACCCCUAUACUUGGUACGGAAACUGUGCUGAAUAUUUCCAUGGUGCUUGGUGGCAUAAGACUUGUCAUCAUAGCAAUCUGAAUGGCGGAUAUUUGGCUGGAGAUCACGCAUCGUUCGCAGAUGGAAUGAAUUGGUACACAUGGCGGGGUUUGCGAUACUCUUACAAGUCGACCAGAAUGAUGAUACGAAGACAGUAGGCCGUAUAUUUGAAGUCUUUUACGUGGGUGAAAAACGAACACCAAUCACUAAUGAUGAGAUUGUUUUAAAAAACAUUUAAUCAUAAUGAAGCAGUACAAAUGGACAUUUAGAUAAUUAGUAUGCUUUUACAAAUAUUAUUAAAUUAAAUAUAACGUCCUUAUUUUGCUUUGUAUACAAAUCAGUGUUCUAAUAACCAUAACAUAUGUUUGACACAUGCGCAAACUUUUUUCAUACCGUUUAUUUGAAUUUUAAAUCGAAUAAAAUAUAUACAUUUUUAGCAAUUACAUAUAGUGUUAAUAUAUUUUUGUUCAAACAAUAUAUACUUAUUUUGCUAUUAGUUUUUAAACUUGUAAAAUAUGAAAGGUGCAUACUUCAUCGGUAGUAGUCGGGAACAGCCAAUCAUUGUACAAAGAAAUUUCGAACGCUUCGACCUAAACAAAAAGCGUACUUGUCUCAUUAGAUUAGAAAUAAGUUGUUCAUGUCAUAUACUAUAUUUAUUUAAACUUUGGUAUGCAUUUUAUUUGACCAUAUUUAGCAUCACGUUUGAGAUCGGUGUAAAAUAUCGACAAUAAAAAUGUCUACCCUGUGUAAAUAAGCAUAAAGCAUCAUAAA